CGGGAAAAAAAGUUACACGGCCUUCACCUCUAUCGUCGCGCGUACGCGUCUCGCGCCCUCCUCCUAUACAAUAAAGUUGGAUUCAGUAUUUUGUAUUCUUACGUUCCGCCGAUCAAUUAUGCCAUUACUCUUGGUCCCUCUACUCGGCAGACGAACACCUCUUUUGAACCCAAAUGGCUAACUCGCCGUUCAAUCUGAACUAUGGCCACCCGGGACAGCCGUUGUACGAUUUGGAAACCAGCUCGUGGGGGUUUGAAAGGACACCUGGACAGAAUGGACGCUUACGACAAUUGGGCUCCUUCAAGCUUGUAGUACCGUCGUCCACUGAAGCCGAUCACAGCACUGCAGGAGGACCAUGUGGAAAAACCAACCAAGAAGUGCAGCAGUCGACCAAAACCCUCAGCCGCGCCUGUCCAGAAAUCGCACCUGCAAUCGACAUCCUACCCAACCUCGCGCAGGUCUCCGCGGCCAUAUCCUCGACGACCGAAGUCUACGACCCGGCGAUUGGCCCGCUACUCUCUUUUGGCACGUUCACGGGCGGCGGGCGGUACAUGUACCCGCGCCGCAUCGCCGCGAUACCGACUGGAGACUCGGGCAGCGUUCUCUGCCUGUUGGCUGUCACAAAGGAGAGACUUGGAUGGGGCGCCGACAGGAGCUUUUGGAUCGAAGGGCCCUCUCUAGCCAACUGCGAAUGUGGAUAUUGGGCCGAUGAUGCGGCGCCGAUACAGCAGAUAUGCUUCUCGCAGGCCGAGAAUAGGUCGUCUUUUCUGGCUGUGCGAUACCCUACGAGGACUGUCAUUUUUCGACCCUGGCAGAACAAUGUCACGGCGUUUCGGUCGCAGUUCCAUAGACUCCCUCCUUCGCGACUGGAUGCGCAUCGGAUAUUGGCUUUGUCGAUUGAGCAGACGGGGGGAGCGCCCCAUGCGGAUGUGACGUUUAAUUUUGAAUAUCAGCGCCAGUUUGGAGUUGUUGAUCAGAAGGGGUUUUGGAGCGUUUGGGAUAUCGAUGCUGGAUACCGGGAGAGCGAAUAUAAGAUGUCGUGCACAGUGACGGGAUCUCUGGAUGCCACACCCGGGGAAUUUGCCACAGAGUCUGGACCUGGGCUACAAGCUGAUGGAUGGGGGAGAAUAUUAUGGAUCGGGAACGUGAAUACCGUUGUUGUUUGCAACCGAAGGGUGAUGCGAAUCUUCGACAUUCGAGGUGGACAGACGAACUUGCUGCAGUGCCCCUCGCCUAUAUUGGCAAAAUCACCGGAUUGGAUUUUGGAUGUACAGAAGCAUCCGGCGCAUAAAGGUCACCUAUUUGUGAUCACAUCCAGGCAAUUGCUCGUCAUGGCGGUGAAUCCUCCGACCGAUGUUCCCGAAUACAGCAACCCUGUGAAAGGAGGUCGCACAUUGGUGUCUUCUUUUCAUUAUCGGGGGACGGAUGAUAUCACGCUUCAGAUUUAUCUUCAUGCGAGUUCGGAAUCAGAAACGCUUGUAUUCGUACACUCACGUUUGAAUCCUUUGAUCACGAUCUUUAGAUUCCAAUUCCACGAUCAACGUGGCGGACUCCCCUAUUCUUGCUCAGAUCCACUGCAAUUGGACCUCGACCGGACUCUUUUCGGGUCCGUGGAAAAGCCCCUUCACAUCGUCAACCUCCAACUAGACGCUUUAGAGUACGGGGAGGAUGAUAAUGUCCGUGGUACAGGACUCGGCCCUGGCUACUCCCACUCAGGCGUUCGCUUCUAUCGUCUUGCCAUAAUGCUCUCGGAUUUUAGUAUUCUUCAGUCACUACUUGUGUACGAGCCUGGCAGAUCUCCCCAACAUGCCCGGAUGAGUGUAGAUCUACCAGGCUGGACUAGAAUCACCCGCCCGCAUCUUGCUGUAGGUCGAUCGCCUACUAAUGUCGACCACAGUGAAUUCAUCGUUGCUGUUGGGUUGGGCCCCACAUCGAAACCACAGUUGCUUCUGUCGCAUCCGCAGAGGCGUUCUACUAGUACGAAUAUCGACAUGGCCUCGAACGUUCAGUACUGGACGAAUACCCGGGAAGUAGACAAUCGGCUGAUAUACCAGACUUUGGUGAAAUCGGCAGCUCGAACGGAAGACUCAAACACGGAAUCCGAGAGUGUCACGAGUAUCAUUCAAGAGGUCAGCUCUAUCUUGGAUGAACAGCUUGUACAGGAAGAAGUACCCACAGAGACAUUAUUUGAACUUUCUACAACAUCUGAGAUCGGAGUUGAGGACGUCGAUGAAGCAUCUGUACAAUUGCAAAGGCUCCUGGAUGAUACGGAGCGAGAUCUUCCUCACCACCUAGAGCGGAUUUCGCUCGAUAGCAUCCUUCGUAUUGGUGGCGAGGAUGACGAGAGAGCCACCAUUUCCUCUCUCUAUGACACCAUCCUCGCUCAUUGGAUUGGUUCACUCCCAGCACAUGUCUCUAUACCCGUCCGACAGGCAAAAGAGCAAUUGGCCCGUCGCAUAUCUGCUGAAGUCAUACUCGCGAGUAUCCGAAUACGUAUGGAUAAUAGCACAGGUCCCCCUGGUACGCAAGCAGAACAAGAGCCGACUGUGCAUCUGCCAAUCUUACCAUCGCGCAAAGGCAUGGACCAGCCGAACGUUGGAAUGAAUUCAUUCUCGCAGCCUCAGCCCCAAACAACCUUUUCGUGGUCACAGCCUGCGGCUCAACAGGGUCUAACGGCUUCUCAGCCUCUCCCAUCUCUAGCUCCAACAGGUGUGACCGCAACUACUGCAGAGCCCUUACCGGUCAGCCCUUUCACAAGGCUAGGCCAACAUCUCCAAUUCGACAAACUACAACCCGUGACGCCCCCUGGCAUCCGCGAUGUCUUGACACAAUGGACGCCCGGCGCGGACCCCAGAGCAUACCAAUGGGACGGCAAGAUCCUCGGCGCCGAAGACGAUUAUGACGACGAAGACGACGACGAGGAAUCGCGACUUCGCAACCUCAAAGCCCGACGAAAGAAAGAAGAGCAGCUCCGCAAAAGACAGCGACGCGAAUUGGAGAAGGAGCAGAGGAAAGCAGAGAGUCAGCCUCUCAUCGGAAUGGAUCGGGGCGGCGUUCGAAGCUCGCCGGCGCCGCCUAUGUUUGGCCUGGGCAUGAGCAGCCAGGUGAUGCCGCAAUUUCCAAGCAGUAGUCAGAUUCCUAUCGUGCAGAGUCAGAUGGAGCCUGGGAGGCACGGGGGUCGGCCGUUGAUGUCGAAGAAGAAGGCGAAGGAUAAGAGGAAGAGCGGGUUUUAGUGUACUCCUGCAGGCAUAGCAAUCCUGUUAAUGAUGAUCAUGACUUUGGUAUUUGGAAUACAAGUAUUAGAUGACAAAAAUUUCGAAAUGAAUGAUAGAGCACUGCUGUCCACUUGCUGACGCUGACUUCACGAUCUACGAAUCCUUCUUACACUCGCAGUUUUAUCAUCGUGGUCCAUCA